AUGAUAAGGGAGAAAGCGCGUGAUACAAACGCGUGCUGAUUUCCCUCGGAAUUCAAACCUCACUCACAAGACUCUCUUAUCUCUGAAAUCCCUAAAACCCCUUUCCAGUUUCCUCCUUCCAUACGAUCGAUGUGGAAUAAUCGACGGCCGCCGGAAGAAGGAUCCGAUAGCGACAAGGAAAACUCCGAUCAAGAGAAAAACAUAGCAAAGGCAGCUGGUUUUGUGGUCGUCUCGGGAAUCGCGAUGAGCAUUCUCAAAGCCCUCAAUCCAUUCAACAACCAAAACUUCAAUUGUAAAACCAGUGAAGUUAAGGCAACAGUUUUCGAGUCAGCUCCAUCUCAAACUCAGCUUCAACAAUGCCAGCCAGAGCCUAAGCCCAUAGUCAAGAAACCCAAUUGUUGUGCGGAGCAAAGUGCAAAGGAAGAAUCACCAAAUGUGAUAGAGAUUGAGCGGGGAGAUACACUUUGGGGGUUUUCUAGAAAAUAUGGGGUAUCAAUUGAGGAAAUUAAGGAGGCUAACGGGCUUGAAGGGGACACCAUCUAUGCUGGAAAGAAACUUGUAAUACCUUAAUGAGCUCCUUCUCAUUGCUUCUUGUUGUUGUAUCAGUGCUUAUCAUGCGAGGUUGUUCUCUUCGUUUGUUAAACUAUUAGUUAAACUGUUUAGGCCAGAAACUGUUAUAGUUUGGUUUUUGAAACCAUGGGUAUGGCUGCCACUAGAGAUAGAGAUAUGAGAUUGGUUUGGCAAUGUAAAAUGAGGAAAAUUUUAGCUGCUUAUGAAGAACUUGUAUCUUGACUUGCAACAUUUUAUCAUGUAGAAGGAAUCGCAAUCUACAAAUUCUCUUU